GGCACCAGUCUCGUUCACCAGUCUUGAAAGACAGUGGAAGCAUAAGGGUCGGACGGAUACCCACGGUUUUUAGGCUUGAGUCUUUUAGUUUCUUUGGGAGCACUCAACUCACUCUAAUUUACAAACAUGGCUGAUGAUGAAGUUGCCGCUUUGGUCGUGGACAAUGGUUCCGGUAUGUGCAAGGCCGGUUUCGCCGGAGACGAUGCUCCCCGUGCCGUCUUCCCAUCUAUUGUUGGACGCCCAAGACAUCAGGGUGUCAUGGUGGGUAUGGGUCAGAAAGACAGCUACGUAGGAGACGAAGCUCAAAGCAAGAGAGGUAUCCUCACCCUGAAAUACCCCAUCGAACACGGUAUCGUCACAAACUGGGACGAUAUGGAGAAGAUCUGGCAUCACACCUUUUACAACGAGCUUCGUGUUGCCCCAGAGGAGCACCCCGUCCUUCUGACUGAGGCUCCCCUUAACCCCAAAGCCAACAGAGAAAAGAUGACACAGAUCAUGUUUGAGACCUUCAACGCUCCCGCCAUGUACGUCGCCAUCCAGGCCGUGCUGUCCCUGUACGCCUCCGGUCGUACCACAGGUAUUGUGCUCGACUCCGGUGAUGGUGUCACCCACACCGUCCCCAUCUACGAGGGUUACGCCCUGCCCCACGCCAUCCUCCGUCUGGACUUGGCUGGCAGAGAUCUCACAGAUUACCUUAUGAAGAUUCUCACCGAGCGUGGUUACUCCUUCACCACCACGGCCGAGAGAGAAAUCGUUAGAGACAUUAAGGAAAAAUUGUGCUACGUUGCCUUGGACUUUGAGCAGGAGAUGGCCACCGCCGCCUCUUCCUCAUCCCUGGAGAAGAGCUACGAGCUUCCCGACGGUCAGGUGAUCACCAUUGGUAACGAAAGGUUCAGGUGUCCCGAGUCUCUCUUCCAGCCUGCCUUCUUGGGUAUGGAAUCUGCUGGUAUCCAUGAGACCACGUACAACUCCAUCAUGAAGUGCGACGUCGACAUCCGUAAGGAUCUGUACGCCAACACUGUCCUGUCCGGAGGCACCACCAUGUUCCCCGGUAUCGCCGAUCGUAUGCAGAAGGAAAUCACCUCCUUGGCACCAAGCACAAUGAAGAUCAAGAUCAUUGCCCCACCAGAGAGGAAAUACUCCGUCUGGAUCGGUGGCUCCAUCUUGGCUUCCCUGUCUACCUUCCAACAGAUGUGGAUCAGCAAGCAAGAGUACGAUGAGUCCGGACCUUCCAUCGUCCACCGCAAAUGCUUCUAAACUAAAAAAUUUAGGACACUAUCAAAGACUCCAACAAAUGUCUUUCUGUCUCAAAUGGUUUUUAUUUUAAACCGUUGUUUUUUUUACGUGGGAAUCUGUGUCUGCUUCAUCCGACCACAGAACCGGAAGUAACACUGACACCACCUGGCGGCGGAAAAUUUCUUGACUGGUUCACGAGAAAAUCUUUGAACUGUCUCUAUAUGGCGAAUGAUUUCCAUCAAGAGCGAGUUGAUUUUUAAAAAAAAAUAUUAUACUGCCAUCUGUUAACUCAUGUUAAUUUAUGUUAAGGAAAUGGGGAAAUAUUUUAAGAUUGAAGAUCUUUUAUAACCACUUGUGAUGUUGUAGAGCGAUUUCGAUGAGAUUAUAAAAGAUUUUUGUGACAGAAAAGGAAAGACGAAUUUCUCAAACAAGCAGCUCCCGAACUCAAACACCGAAUUCAGGCAAUAAAAAGAAUACCCUAGAACAAUU